AUGGCAGAAACUGACCAGCCUGGAAAAAUUUUUGUAGGAAGCCUCAACACAGAGACCAGACAAUCGACUCUUGAAGUAAUAUUUGGGAGAUUUGGACCAAUAGCACAUGUUAUCUUGAUGAGAGACCGUGAAACUAAGAAGUCUAGAGGCUUUGCUUUCGUUACUUUUCAAUGUCCUGCAGAUGCUAAAAUUGCUGUCAAAGAAAUGAAUGGGGUGUCUUUGGAUGGAAAAAGAAUUAAAGUAGAACAAGCCAGGAGACCAUCAUCUCUUGAAAAUGGUAGAAAGCGGAGACCAUCAUCCUUUUCAAGAACCAGAGGUGCUUCAAGAAUUGUGAAAUGUGGAAGAGGAGGAAGUAGAGCAAGAGGUCGUCGUCCUUCACGUGAACGGAAUUUGGAUGAUGUUAGAUACACUCCUAAUUUCAACAUGAGUUCUUCUGGGAGACACUUUGCAGUUAGAAGAACUUCAUCUUCAAAAAGGAAUGGUCCUCCUAAAAGAUCUGCAACUUUUGCUCUGACGAGCAAUUCUGGACUGAGAGGACAAGAAGCCGGUGGAAGAGUGAUUUCUAGAAAUAUGCCAAGAAGAGAGCCAGUGUCUUCCAGAAGAGAUGAAUAUCCAUUACUAAGUGAUGAUGGCCAGUCUUCUAAUGAUAGGAGAUAUGCAUCAGCAUCUAGAGGAUACCGUGACUAUGGCAAUUACAGCUUUCAGGAGGAACAUGCAUCUGAAGUCUUCAGUGAUCAUGCUGACUAUCAUGGGGGACAUCAUAGAGAUUUCUCUGACUAUUUAAGUGGAAGUUCAUACAGAGAUACCGAUGGAAGUUAUGGAAACUUUCAUGAGGCACCAUCUGCAAGAGGGACAUACAGUGGAAACAACCGCUAUGAUGAUUAUAGUACCUCACGAGAUGGAUAUGGUGGAAGACGAGAAAUAUACUCAAACAACAGAAGUGACAUAUAUUCCAGUGGCUAUGAUUGUAUUGGUAGAGAGGAAGUGCUUGCACCUAUUGAUAGGGAAUACUCUGAGCAUGGGGGCAGACAAGAAAGAGGGCAUUCACCUAUGGAAAGGCUGUAUGGUGCAUCUCGUGAAACAUACAAUGGUAUCAAGAUUUGGGGGAACCCAUGGAGGUCAUGGAGAGAGCAGAUAUGA